AACCCACCUGACGUGGUUUGGAAUCCUUCUGGGUUGGCUAUGUACGACAGAAAAAAAAAUAUUUAAGUCAUUUCAGAGGUAGCCUUUUGCUCACUUAGGUUCUAUUCUAUAUCUAGCUUCUCCCUGGACUACCUUAAAAAAUGGCUCCUCCUUCGACGGCGCAGUUUCAGUCCUGAUUGGUCAUGGCCAUGGAAGGAAUUGGUUGCAGAAAUGCAAAACUUGUUGCUGGUUCCCUGAAACGCGCUCGUCUCACGCUGCGCCGAGCGCCAGACUAGAGUAUGUGAUCUAUCAGCGAAUCGCUUCCAGCUGGAAUAGACCAGACCAGACUCUGGUGUUGAAGGAGUGACUGGAGGAAGACACACGCACUGUGCGCGUACGUGUGUGAGUGUGCCUAUGAGCGCAUGAAAGAAAGGUCUGAGCGCAGAGUCGGCAUUAGGAAAAUCUGUUUAUUUUAUUUUUUAUUUCUGCACAGUGCUUAGUUGAAUUGAAGAUGAUAAAGACCGCGAGGACUGUGCUGUCAAGCGGCACUGUAGUGGCGGAGUUCGGGUAGUGCGUGCCCUGCACCUCGGCCGAAGCUCGGGGACAAGGUCGCGCACAAGCCUCUCCGGUUUUAUUUCAUGUCACACGGAGCUGGAUUCACCCUCGUCGGUUGCGCGAGUAUCCUACUCUAAGCAAUAACCGGAUUUUUGCGGCCGAUCAAGCACACCAUUACAGCGAUCAUUUAAUGGACUGCAUAAGAGAACCUCACGGUAAUCAUUGGCGUGUAGCCGGAGACUUUUUAAUCGGUGACUGACCUCAGAAAAUAUAGCUGUAAAUUGUUUCUCUUCUCUGGGCAGUGUCAGCGUGAAAGUCUGCACCUCCAGCAUGGAUUUUUAACGGACAUCUAAGAUUCCUUGUCCUGGGACAUUCUACCAGGAGGUGGAUUUUUUUUUAUUUGGGUGAAUAGUAUCUCUAUUCUGUCACCGAUAGUAAGCGAAAGACAUUUUCAACUUUUGUUCAGACGGAAUAUGUUGGAGUACGGGUUUUAAAGACAUCAUCAGUUUUGCAAAGUUAAUUUUAAAAUCGGCAUUAAUGCAGCUGGCACCGAAGAAACAACCGUGAGUUUUUAAAUCACCGAAAUAUUGUCAUUUACCCGUAUGGACAAUUCAUUUACUUUAGCACGGCCACAACCGAAAGGGUGAAGGAAAUUGUGUUAUAUCGUGCACAGUAUCAACUUUUGGUGGUGAGUUAUCGUACAUUUAGACUAUGUGUCUUUGCUAUAUUUUUUUCUUUUAAAGCAUUGAAAUGGAUUUUUGACACCUAUACGUCCUGUUGCCCCCUCGUUUAGUAUUUUUGUGUGGCAAUAUAAUACGGGAUAAAACUAAGCUUUUCUUUUUGUAGAGGACGACAAAACUGGACUAUAGGAGCGAGAGCACAAUCUGCCUCGGAGCCAGACGAUCUGGCUGUCAUGCAGGAUUGGUAGUGGAGAAGUAUGUUUGGACUUGAACAGUUUGGUCCACAAAUAAAUAAUAGAAACGUUGGAGAAAAAAAUCAUUUGAAUCAGUCAAGAUCCAACAUGAGCGCCCAUUAUAAAAGCCCCGGUUUUCACGCGGGAGCCCCGCCGCCCGGAGCGGUGGAGCCGGGCAUUGGGCCGCUGAACGAGCCCCCUAUGCUCGGGAUGAACAUGAACAUUAACGGGGAGUAUACUGGCGGCGGUUUUCACCCCCGCGGCCAUUCGGAGAUGCACGCUGGCGGUCUUCAACAGCAACAGCAGCAGCAGGCGCCCAUGCACGGGUUUUUCAACAACCAGCAACCUCAUAGUCACGGACACUCUCACGGUCAUCAGACCCAUCCGCAUCAACACCACCCGCAUUUUGCGGGCAGUUUUGGUGGCCCAGAGCAGGGAUCAUCCUGUUUACAUGGGGGUAGGAUGAUGGGUUAUGGUGGUGGCAUGGGGCCCCAGCAGGGCUUUGCAGAGGGGUUCGACCCCCUCUCCGAGGGCCAAGCAGGGGAGGGUUUCCCCCAGCAGCAGCAGAGGCCAGGGUCCAUGCCUGACUUCCAGCACCACGGCCCCUCCAGUGGAAACCACCCUGUCCCUGCCCCUUGCCUGCCCCUGGACCAGUCGCCUAACCGGGCUGCCUCCUUCCAUGGCCUGCCCUCCUCCUCCUCUUCCUCCUCUGAGAGCCACGGCCUGGAGCCCAGGCGUUUGCCCCCGCAGGGCAGUGUGGAAGGAUUGGAGUACAACUACCCCAAUGAGGCCCCCGCUGGCCAUUUUGACGUGUCUGUGUUUUCCCCCUCAGAGACAGAGUCCCAGCUACCCCACUUUGGCGCCGGCAGACCGGGGGGAAAUUUCCCCGGAAACCCAGCCCUGUCCCGGGCACCGGGGAUGCAGCCCAUCUCAAAGGGACACCCCCAGGGCCCCCAGCAGCAGCCCCCGGCCCCGCACGGAGGAGGGGUUUUCUUUGAGCGCUUCGGGAAUGGCAGAAAGAUGCCUGUGGGGAUGGAGCCAGGGGUGGGGGCCAGGCACCCCCUCAUGCAGCAGCAGCAGCAGCAGCAGCAGGCAGCCUUACUGGGGCGGCAAAACUCCUGCCCCCCAUCCCUCCCUCGGCCCCCCCAACCUGAGCCUGGCGCCUCCAACCCCGGCAUGCAGGAUGGAGGUGGCAUGAUGCCUGGCCCGCACAACCAGUUUGAGUACCCCAUCCACAGACUGGAGAACAGGGGCAUGCUCCCCUAUGGGGACCCCAUGUUCAAUAUGCAGCAGCAGCCCCCUCCCCCUCAUGCCCAGCCCCCCAAUCAGCGGCUGCAACACUUUGACUCUCCUUAUCUGAAUGUGGCCAAGAGGCCGCGCUUUGAGUUUCCCGGCGGCGCCCACCACGGCGCUGGUGACAGCUGUGGAUCCUGGGGUGGCGGGAACAUGCACAACCCUCCUGGCAUGGAUAACCACCUCUCGCCCUCCUCUUAUCCUGGCCUCCCAGGGGAGUUUACUCCGCCGGUGACGGACGGCUUUCCGCCGGGGCCUCCUCUCCAGCACCCGAGUCACGAGCAGCAGCAGCAGCAGUCGCUGCAACAGCACCGUCAAAACGCCGCCAUGAUGAUCAAGCAGAUGGCCUCUCGCAGUCAGCAGCAGAGGAUGAGGCAGCCCAACCUGCAGCAGAUAGGUCACCACGGCGACGUCCCCCAGGGCCCCAUGGUGCACGGUGGUCCCGUGGGAGCCAUGCCGCAACCGGGUUUCGAGCGGGAGAAUGGCGGCAGGAUGGUGAACUUCGAUGCACAGAACCCACACAUGACGCAGGAGAACACCUGGUUCCCUGGACCUCACCCUCCCCCCGGCGAGAUGAUGGGCCGGCGGAUGGGAGGCCCGGGCGGUGAGGCCGGCUCACACGAGAUGCAGCCCAACGGCGCGGGCAUGAUGUUCCGGCCGGGCGUGAAUGGCAUGGGCAUGCAGGACCCCAUGAGGAUGCCCGGCGAGGGGCACGUGCAGCCCCUCCACUCCCCCAGCUUGCAUUCGCAGUUUGGCAGCAACAUGGGCAACCUGGCACAGAUGCAGUCGCCUGGCGGGGGUCUCUCCAACGCCCCCACCGAGCGGCGCCCGGCGGACUUCGCGGGGCCGCCCAUGGGUGGCCCGUCCACAUUCCCCUACGGAGGGGCGAACAGGCAGGGAGCGCCGCACGGAAACCCGCAGGGCGUCAGCACCUCCCCGGGGAGCUACUCGUCUCAGUCCGAGUUCCCGCCCGGGCAGCGCGCCUCCGUCAGCAAGCUGGGCGCGCUCUCCCUGGGCAACUUCAACAAGUCCAGCAGCAAGGACAGUGUCUUCGGACAGAGCUGCCUAGCGGCCCUCUCCACCGCCUGCCAGAACAUGAUCGCCAGCCUGGGGGCUCCGAACCUCAACGUGACGUUCAACAAGAAGAACCAGAGCGAGGGCAAGCGCAAGCUGAGUCAGGCGGAGCAGGACAUGAGCAACAGCGCGUCCAAUGGGAACGCCGGGCAGGAGUACUUCCCCAGCGGCCCCUCUCAGAACAGCCAGAUGCCCGGCAACGGGACCAACACGAACCCCAAACCUGCGAGUCAAAACCAAACGCCGGUGCAGGGGGAAGCCAGUGCCCUCUCCCCGAAUUACAACAUGGACGCUACCCCAUGUAGUGAUGGGAAAGCAGCAACAGGGAGUGGGAGAGGGAGAGGGAGGAGGAAAAGGGACAGUGGUCAUGUGAGCCCUGGUAUGUUUUUCUCCUCUGACAAUGGCAACCCUGUUGUGAGUCCAGGCCAGCAGGCCCCCCCUCCAGCUGGCCUUGGGGAGAGGGGUGGGGGAACACCUCACGAAAAGCCCCUGACCUCCCCCUCCUGGGGGAAAGGGGGCGACCUGAUACUGGGGGACCAGGCAGACCUCAUGUCAUCCCUUGACAGUGGCAUCCAGAGCGUCUCAAAGUCGGACGGCUGCUCGCCGCACGUGGACUUCCCGGAGGACGUGGGAGGCCCGCACUACAGCAACGAGGACGAGGUGUCGUCCAGCUCGGACGCCGCCAAAGCCAGCCGGAGCCCCAUGGUAGGGGGCUCCCCCAAACUGGCACGGGUGGACAACGGCGCACUGAUGGGCGGACAGAAGGGACAGAGCCUGGGCAUGGCUAACCACACUACCUCGACAUCCGACGGAUACGGACUUGGCACUGCCGGCGGGGGCGGGGGCGGAGGCAACGCUGGGGCGGGGGGUCACCCCGGAACACCGGGGAUGGAGCAGGUACGGACGCCCUCCAGCACCUCCGGGCAGGACGAGAUCCACCCUCUGGAGAUUCUGCAGGCCCAGAUCCAGCUCCAGCGGCAGCAGUUCAGCAUCUCCGAGGACCAGCCCCUGGCCAUGAAGAACGCUGGCAAAAAGGGAGGCGCUGACUGCAGUGGACAGAACGGGGACGUGGAGCUGGCUGGCUGCAGCCCGGACGCUGGAAAAGGCAGCAUGGGCACUAUUGACCUGGACACACUAAUGGCUGAGCAGCACGCCACCUGGUAUGUGCCUGACGACAAGGCCCUCAUGGAGGGCUCGGAGGAGGGCAAGACCAUGACUCCGUGGGAAAAGACAAAGGGCCAGAGCAACAUGAAAGAAGAUGCAGAUGUGUCCCAGAGUAAGUCUGCGGGUGGCGUAGGGGCCCCGGGCCCCGGUGGAGCGGGGAGCCACCUGCAGUGCCUGUCGGUCCACUGCACGGACGAGCUGGGCGAGGGGAAGGGCCGCAACGGGCCGGUGUCCUCCUGGCGCUCGCUGCACUCCGACAUCUCCAACCGCUUCGGCACCUUCGUGGCGGCACUCACCUGAUGGGGGGGCCCCUCUGCCACACGUCCCCCCCCCUUCUGCCGACGGAGAGAGGAACGAGGGAGGAGGGGAUGAAGAGGGAUGGAGGGAGGAGGAUGACGGCAGCCGACGGAGGGAGGAGGAUGAUGAUGAUCACGAGCCGGUUGUUGUUGUUGUUGUUGUCGUCGUCGUCGUCGUCGUCGUCUCUCUCGUCACCCUUUUACCCAGGGUUGGGAACGCUCAGACAAGGACACGGACUUCACACACACACACACACACACACACACUCACACACUCUCACACACACACACUCACAGACA